AUGAGAGCAAAACACGCCAAGCGCGUGGACCGGGCAUUACGCCUGUGGCUUCACCCCUCGACUCCAAAGAAAGAUUUUCCGUGGUGCGCCGUCACCCACUACAUCAGCGAUUGGAAGGCAGCUCAAAAUGGGAUAAUCAGUGUCAAGGCCGUUGGUCCAGUGAAGGAUGAGAAUCUGACCAUGAUUUCGAAGCACAACGAUUUUGUUGAACUUACCCAGACCAAGUACUGCCCAGUCGAGAUCCCAGGAAUGCUUAAACAGGCGACCACAAAAGACUUUGGCCCUCGCACCUGUUUGUCCAUGUUCCUUUUGGUCAAGGCACGGCCAUUGCACGCCGAUAAAGUUGCUGCUGCCGAUGUGGACACCGAUUCCGACUCUGACGGUUCUCUCCUUGACGACAUCUCUCACAAGUUUACAAAAGUGUCGACCAAAGGGAAGACGAAGAUAAAGAAGAAGGUCCCAAAAACUUCCAAGAAUCUGUCUCUUGAGAACGAGGGCCCUGUUCUGACACCAGCGCAACAGCGCCGGGCCCGAGAGUCUGAAAGGAAGCGAAAAAUGGACCUGGAGAAUAAUGUCCCAAGCCCGCUGUUCAUCAUGGUUCUACCUGGCGAAAUGGAAGGGACUUAUCUCUUCAUCAGCCGUUUGAAAGUUCUGGGCAAAUGGUUCCCUAAGUCUCUCAUCCACACGACACGCCGCAAGGAACUUGUGUGGUGCUUGGAGACUCUACGGGCACGACCAGCCGACCAAACUCAACAGGGCGUUGACGAAGCUAUCGACUUUCUGGACGGGUUUGGCUCUGAUCCUCUUGAUGUCGGUGAAGCAAAGUUGGAAUUUGAUAUGGAUAUGGCAGACGCUAAAGACAUUGACGACGGAGCUACGGUCGCUGGCGCCAUGGAUGAGUUGCUGGAAAAGGAUAGUCAACUGGAGGCUGCUAUCACGGAGAUUGAAUUCAAGGACAAUCUCUUGUCCGAACAGAAUUCUGUGUUGGAGGCCGAACGACUACGAUCUGAAAAGUUGGCGCUCGAACUUGCCGCAAUGCGCUUACUACAACAGACAUAA